GACAAGAUACGCAGAGCUCCGUUUUAAUCUGAUAUUCCUCAGCCUCCGGAUCAGACCACAACAAUGAACAACAAAGGUUCAUACCCACAGCAGGCUGUGUACCCUCAGCAGAGCUCUGCACCUGUAUACCCUCCUGCUAUGCAAAUGUCUCCUCAGGCACCUCCUUACACAGACACACCACCUGCAUAUUCUGAGAUAUACCAGCCCAGAUAUGUGCUUCCACAUCAGGUGCCCAGUCAGGUGGCACAGAUGUCCUCUCACUACCCUGGUGCUCAGAUGUUUAUGCCCAUGCAGGCACACAUGCCUGUUGGGCAAAUGGGCCAGAAUGUCCCCAUGGCCUAUUACCCCAUGGGAGCCGUGUACCCCCCUGGUUCAACAGUGAUGGUGGACAGCGGCUUUGAUGCUGGUGCUCGUUUCACAGCAGGCAGCAGUGUUUCAAUCCCACCCCCACCUCCUGGACAUCCCCCCAAUGCAGCUCAGCUGGCUGCCAUGCAGGGUGCCAACGUUGUAAUGGCCCAGCGCAAGAGUAACUUCUUCAUGGGUGGAUCAGGUGGAGGUUAUACCAUCUGGUAACAGCAACUCUUCAACUCCUCCUUCAUGCCUAAACCGUGUCCCCGUCCCAAACGAUGCCCCAGUUCUUCCCCCAUCCCAUACGCCUCCCUCUUCAGGCUGCUUGGCCAUGCCACAAUACUGAUAUCACCUAACGGAAUGUAAUAUUUUAGAGCCCUCGAGAAAAGGUACAGUACUCCACUUCUGACCUAGAGAUCAAACGAUGAAUGCCUCCUGCCUGGAGAGGACAAAUUUUUAACGUGGUAGAAUUCAUUCCAUAAUUCGUCAUUGGGUCUAACCUCUUUGGUCAUUCCAGUUGGACCUCUUUCAGGCAUCUGUAUUUGCUCGAGAGACCCGGUCUCCUUUGAUCCGAAGGUUCACAAAUUACAUUGAGAUGUUCCUCUAUACCUGUAAAAGCUAUGUAAAUGAAUUAUUGAAUUAUCAGACCUGCAUUAUAUAGUUUAGCUGCUUUAUGGUGAAAGUGAAAUGCAGUUAAAGUUGCAGUUAAUGCGUGAAAAAAAAAAAAUCCAUUUGUCUUUUUUUGAAAACUUAUAGUGUAGUUAAAUUAAUAUAUGUGUAAUAGUUCCAUGUAAAUAGAACGAUCAUGAGAAAUAACAUCUGAAGUAUACAAUAAAAAAAAAAAAAGAACAAGCAUCUCGGAUGCGUUUAGCUAGAAUCGUCUUGUCUUUUGCACAGUAUCCAAAAUAUCACGGCAAAUUUGUUGCACAGUUUGACAUUUAAAUCACAUGUAAAUUAAAAUAAAUUAAACUGAAGCAAAUAAUUAAAAGAUUUCAUGCAAUAUCCAAAGUGGUUUACUGUACCUUGUUGGGCAAUUUGUAGAUGAACAUAGUCAAGUGCCAAAGAGCACUGGGGAUAGCCCUAAUUUAAAGCAACUUAACUUCAGUAAACUUAAAGGAAAGAAAUUAAAAACAAAUCCAAAUAGUACGAUGAACGGGAAGGGGUGGUUGGUGUAACAUUUUAGCUUUUUUUGUCUCCUGUUUCUAUUUCACAGUCGGAUACCCAGAGUUUCUACACUAAAUGUUUAAUUGUACAGAUUUCAAGAAGUACCCUCCACUGUUUCUCUUUUCACAGUAUAAUUUGGUAUCGUCGAGUAUUUAUACAUCGUAGAAAAGCGUCACCUUUGUGAUAGCAUUAGUCAAUGUUUUAAAGGUUGAGGAGACUUUAAUAUUUCAGUGUCUCUUUUUCUUCCUUCAUUACUUUACCAUUUACAUGAGUAGUUAGGCUUAUAAUACGUUCUGUUAGUAUAACCAAUGAGCUGGUUGUACCAAAGAUUUGGUCGACAAUGCACUUAUGUUUGGUUGUGACUUGAAAUUUGAAACGUCACUAUUUAAAAGCAAACAUAUCAUUGAAUGAGCAGGUUUGUUGGUACCUGACCUUCAGUCUGACUGCAAUUUCUUAGUUAACGUGUCACUUUAUGUGGGUUAAUCGCAUCUUUAAGUCGUUGCAUGCUUUUUGCACCUUUGCUAUGUAAAAAAAAAAAAAAAAAUUAAAAAUGUGAUUAAAUACUUUUUAUCUGAGAUGCACUGCAAAGCAAAUCUGAGAGGUUGCAGUUAAGGGGCUACUCUCUUUUUCUUUGUUUAAAUUCUGUUUCUUUUUAAUGAAAGUGUGAACAUUUUUAGAUUCAUAGUCCAUUUGAAAGUCGAGAUGUGUCGUGUUAAGUAGCCUGAAAGUGUAUGCAAACCUUUGUAAUGAGGCUAUGUCACUGUCAGCAUAAUUGUUCAUCUCCGAGACAUUUUUGUGCUGCUAAUUAAACUUUAGACUCAACAUAAUGUGUUAUCUUUCAAACUUUAACACGGUAUCUAAAACUAAGUCAGUGUGGAUACCGUUUAUUUGUAGAUAUUCUUCAUUUUGGUGUCUGGUAGCGUCAAUGUGUCACUGGGUAUCCGACACGCCAUAUCUAGUUUUAACAGCUGCGGCCACCAGAAGACAAAAGCUGUCGCUGUCGAGCCAACAUUUAGUGAUUUUCAGUGUUAAGUCCGAGCGACCAGCUGUCUGGAAACGUGCUUCAUUCAUGUGAUGUCAGCAGCUCACACGUAAAGCGACGACACCAGACGUGUCACUGGAGUGUUUUUUCAAAAUGGCUCAUUAUUCUCCUUCACGCCGCCGUUUCAGAGGCCACAGCUAUUAAAACUUUUAAAAAAAAUUGAUUCAAUCAUAUUCUUUUUCCUUUUUUUCCAUCUCUGCUCUGAUCGUUUGUAAAGCAGCAUAAUGGUGGCUUCGUCCCAGCAAUAUGAAGUACUGUAAACCACAGCUGACCAGUAGAUGCUAUGCCAACCACAGCCAGCAAAUGGAUUUCUCUUUGUUGAAGGAUUAUGGACAUUUAUAGUUCAGGGAUUCUCUUUACAAUAUUUUGUAAAAAUAGAUGUAUGUACUAAAGUGAUGUGAUAGACUUUGGUACACGUUCUAUCUUUUAAGAUUACUAAAGGAGAUGAGUGUCAAAGAUGGAAUACUUUGAAAAAAAAAGAUCUUAGGUGCACUUAACUUUUUUAUACUAAACUUAAAAUUUAAAAUGUAAGUUUAGAAUAAAGGUUAUUUUGGAAAUUUGAAA